AUGCCUGCUUUACGAACAGUCAAGAACAUCAUCCAUGCCCUCGAAAAAGCCGAAGGAGUAGGCGCCCAUGUCCGUCGUUCCAUUGGCGUAAGAGCUGCCAGAAACUUCACUCCGUUCUUAAUGCUCGACCACUUCGCCAGCGGAGGUCCAGGUGGUUUUCCACAACAUCCUCACUCUGGCCAAGAAACCAUCACCUACAUCAUGAAGGGGGCCAUGGCCCAUGAGGACUUCACAGGCUCCAAGGGAAUUCUCUACUCGGGAGACCUCCAGUUCAUGACGGCUGGAAAAGGUGUGGUGCACUCUGAAAUGCCCAUUCCCAACGAGGAUGGCUCGCCAACCGUUGGUUUGCAAUUGUGGGUCGAUUUGCCAGAACACUUGAAGGACGUCGAGCCACGCUACAGGGACUUGAGAGCGUGGGAGAUUCCUGAGGUGGUGCAGCAAGACGGAAGGCUUAGAAUCAAGGUCAUCUCGGGCAAGGGCUACGGCAUCGAGUCCAUCAAGGAGUUGGCCUACACUCCAGUCAACUACUACCACUACCAGAUGAAACCCGGGUCCCACUUCAGACAGGAGCUCCAGAACGACUUCAACUACUUCUUGUACGUGUUGAAGGGAAACAGCUUGGUGCUUAACAACGAUACUCAGGCCAAGCAACACCACAACCUCUUCUUUGAUGUUGAUGGCGAUGCUGUGGAGGGCGUCAACCCUGAGUCCGGAGAGGACGUCGAGUUCGUUAUAAUCGGAGGCCAGAAGUUGGACCAGGAAAUCGUCCAAAACGGUCCAUUUGUGGCCACCUCUAAAGAUGGUAUUAAGAAGGCAUUUGUUGACUACCAAUAUGCUCAAAACGGAUUCGAGAACCUCCGGUCAUGGAAGUCAUUGAUCAGCAAUGGAGUCUCCGAGGAAAUGAUCCAGGGCCCAUUGGAUGGAAACUUGGAAAAGAGAGAGCAAACCAAGAACGCAUACUUAGCCAAGCAUAAAAACCAUGAAAAUGAUGAGUUGUGA